AUGAUUUUCGACGACGACAUCCUCUUCCCUAAAACCUCCGCGAUGCGUAAUGCUUCUUGCGAUGGAACGGUGAAUGUCAUCGGUAAGCGGGCUUCGCGCAGUAUGAUAUUUCAAUUGGUAGUAGGCAAAAACCGGGCCAACGAGCCGGACCGAGAUUAAGACAAAAAUUGGCGGGCCCAGCUAUGACAAAUUAUAGGAAAAUGCUUCAGAAAGGUGGCAGAAAAGUAAAUUUAAAGAUGAUUUUUGGUCAGGAAUUGGGCUUUUUUGGAGCACUUCUUAUUUAGGGAGCAAAGAAUUGCUCUUUUCCGAAUAUGCUUUGCCGAAAGUAAGCGGUUUUGAGAAAAAUGCUGAUCAAAACUCAUGCACUAUAAUUAUCUGAAAUUAACUUUGUCUAAGAAACGGCUUCUCUUUUUCUUCUUGCUCCCUUGAAGUGUACAUAUUUUCAAAUAUAUCUAUAUAUAUAUAUCUAAACAGCCAGCAACUCUUAUCACUUUGGCACUGUUGUAGAAUCGUGGACCAUUUGGAAAAAUCGUGGACCGAAAAAAAAAUCGGGGACCGAAGCGAGGGUUUCAUGGACCCGAAAUCAGUUUUUAUUCCAGUUUUCAUUUACGCUCAUUAUUUUUCUAUUAUUUUUCCAAAACGAAGACAAGUCAGAAAACGAAUAUUCAUCUCCUUAUGGGUCUAUACGUGAAGUUCUAGCAGCAGCACAGGAUCAACUCGUGAAAGGAACACAAAAAUUCUGAAAAAAAAUCAGGGUGGUACUAUAAGAAAUGGAGAACAUUUUCCGACUUUGACAUUCGGCAAAACAUUUCUGGAAACUUCUUGAAAAUUCGCAAAAUUUUCGCUAAAUGUGACACUGAUCAAAAUUACACCAGCUGGUUCCAUUGGAGGAUCAUCGUCUCAUAAAAGUCAAAAUAGCGAAAAUUUUGCGAAUUUUGCCAAAUCUCAAAGUCGGAAAAUUUUCUCCAUAUCUUAUAGUACCACCCUAAUUUUUUCAGAAUUUUCUAAAGCGGCAAAAAAAAGAAAUUCCCUAGUUUGACUGGGUGCUGUUCAACACGCUGAGAAUUUGUUAAUCUGAGCAAUACGAAAAACUACUGUAGAUAGCUUUUCUACUGUGAAUUUAACUGCUUUUUUGAAUUUUUGAAUACUUCUACUGAAUUGGUUUCGAAAUGUCCCGUAGCCGUUACUUCUGCUGGUGAUGAUGACUCUGAUCUUCGAGGUGAAUCACGAUGAAUGUUCCUUUCACGAGUUGAUUCUGUGCUGCUGCUAGAACUUCUGUAGGGCCCAUGUCGACAAGGUAAUAUUCCGCCAGUCCCCAAUUCUUGUGAGGAUGCAGUAUUGCGAGAGGAUUCAAGUGCACGAAUAGACCAAUAAGAAGAUGAAUAUUCGUUUUCUGACUCGUCUUCGUUUUGGAAAAAAUGGAAAAAUAAUGAGCGUAAAUGAAAACUGGAAUAAAAACUGAUUUCGGGUCCACGAUUUUCUCGGGCCCAUGAAACCUUCGCUUCGGUCCACGAUUUUUUUUUUGGGUCCACGAUUUUUUUUUUCAGUCCACGAUUUUUCCAAAUGGUCCACGAUUCGACAACAGUGUCAUCACUUUCUUUUGAACACAACAGUAAAUUGCUUCAGGGUUGAACAUGGGGAUAUGUCUGUUCGUCACCGGGAUCGUCGCCGCGGCCGCAAUAAUGGGUUGCGUGCUCCUUCUGAUCUGCGUCAAACUCGCCACCGAUCGUGACGAGGCCAAGACGAAAAAGGCAUCCGCCAGAGGAUACGCUGUGGAGUCUGCUGACACUGGAAAGACUCCGGCCGCCGCUCCAACAUCAUCCGAUCGCAAUGACGCCAGUCAGAAGAACACCGAUGAAAUCGCCGGUCUCACAACUGCGUAA